AUGACUUCACGAUUUCUCGACGUUAUUAAUGAAGAUGGAAAAAUAUUGCUACCCAUUGAAGGUUAUCAAAAUGUUGAUUUACUGCCGCUCGAACAAGCCCUUUUGCCAGUCGGUCAUCUUUUUCACCCUGAUAGUCUAAGAUCAAACAUUUGGGUGGCAAAGCAACGAUCUGAAUCUCCUCCAAAUGGUCUAACUACGGAUGAAUCGGCGUCCAUAAUGCUGUAUACUAUUGACUGGACACCUAACAAUCAUAGUUUAUACCAUAUUUUAAAUCAGACAUUACGUUUAGAAGAUCGAAAGAAAUUAAAACCUUGGUUCGCUUAUCUAAAAUUAAUUUUGACAGCUCUCUCAAAAUUACCAUCUGUCACAAAAACUGUUUACCGUGGUGUGAGAGUUGACCUGAGACUUCAAUAUCCAUGUGGAAAAAAAAUAUUCUGGUGGGGUUUUAGCUCAUGCACGGAUACCAUGAGUGUUGUCCAAUCUGAACAAUUUUGUGGUAAAAAUGGCCCAAGAACGCUAUUUUCUAUUGAAUGUUUAAAUGGAAAAUCGAUUACACAACAUUCGUAUUACAAAACUGAAAAUGAAAUAUUGUUAUUACCCGCUAUUUAUUUUGAAGUUCAUAGUCAAUAUGAUGCCGGUAAUGGACUUCAUAUGAUUCAACUAAGAGAAAUAACACCGCCCGGCAUUUUUCUGCCACCUGCUGGCAAAAUACCACCCUCACAAUCUGAUAACCAGUCGACGACUCUCAAGCAAUCGAGUGAUAAUAGUAAGUUCAUCCAUAACUAUCUCUGA